AUGGUUUUUUUUCGCGGCGCCCGCCCGUCCCGGGACACAUGGCGAGCACCGCCCGCCCAUCCCUGGACGCGCGGCGGGCCCCACCCGCCGUCCCCGGGACACGUGCGCCCCUGUAGCCCACCGGUCACGGACACGUGGCGAGCCCCCGCCCGUCCAUGCCGGGAUGCAGGGCGGGCCCCACCCGCCAAUCCUGGACACGUGGGCGGCCUCACCCACUCAUCCCGGGACACGUGGUGGGCCCCACCCUCACCGUCCCGGGACACGUGGCAGGCCUCUCCCGCCGGUCCAAGGACACUUGGCAGGCCUCCCCUGCCCAUCCUGGGACACGUGGCAGGCCUCGUCCGCCAAUCUCUGGACACGUGGGGGGCCGUGCCCGACCUUCCCGGGAGCUUGGCCUGCUCCCCGCAGCCCAUCCUAGGACAUAUGGCGGGCGCCACACCUCCCAUCCCAGACACAUGGCGGGCCCUGCCUGCCCGUCCCAGGACACAUGGCGGGCCUCGCCCGCCCAUCCCAGGACACUUGACGGGUCACGCUCACCCAUCCCAGAACACGUGGCGGGCCCUGCCCGCCCGUCCCCGAACUCAUGGCGGACCCCCUGUCCACCUCAUCUUCCAGCUUUUCGUCCCUUUCGCCCUGGACACCGGUCUUUCUCUCCACCUCCUAAGUGAUCUGGAUCACACGAGUGUGUUCCUUGGACCGCCCGCCUUCUGA